AGCACAAUGAGUGAAGCUGAAUCGUGUGAAGAAACGAGUAAAGAACAUAGAAUUUGGAAGAAAAAUGUUCCAUAUCUCUACGAUACAGUCGUCACAAAAGAGGUCGAGUGGCCUUCUUUAUCAGUGCAAUGGAUGCCUGAUGUCACAAAAACAGAGAACUCGGAUUCAUCGAUGCAUCGAAUGAUUCAUGGAACACAUACUUGUGGAGGAGUUCAGAAUCAUCUCAUGAUCUCAAAGUUCACAAUAACGACAGACACACCAGAAUUCGACGACGCUAAAUGGGAUUCGGAACGUGAAGAGUUCGGAGGUUAUGGAGAGGGCAGCGCUGCAAAAUGGGAUACUGAGAUUAAAAUCAACCAUCCAGGAGAAGUUCAUAGGGCACGUUACAUGCCACAUAAUCCUUUCAUUAUUGCAAGUCGAGGUCCUUCUGAUGACGUUUAUAUUUUCGACUACACGAAGCACCCAUCUGAACCAAAAGACACCAAAUUUCGACCUCAAUUGCGAUUGAAAGGCCAUGAAGGCGAAGGAUAUGGAAUGUCGUGGAGCAACACCAGAGAGGGACAUUUGCUAACUGCCGGCGAUGACGGAAUGAUUUGCCACUGGGAUAUAAACGCGAAUCAGACCAUUUCCGGUCAAAUAGUGCCACAAAGCAAGUUUAAAGGUCAUUCAUCAAAUGCGGAGGAUGUUUCUUUUCACGCGCUCCAUAAUUUCGUUUUUGGAUCUGUUGGAGAUGAUAGAAAACUAAACCUAUGGGAUCUGCGUCAAUCAAAGCCACAGCUCACAGCCGUCGGACAUACUGCAGAAGUUAAUUGUAUUACUUUCAAUCCGUUUUCCGAAUACAUUUUAGCAACCGGAUCUGUUGAUAAAACGGUUGCUUUGUGGGAUAUGAGGAAUAUGCGCAAAAAAAUGUACACGCUGAAACAUCACAACGACGAAAUAUUUCAAGUAUCGUUCAGCCCGCAUUAUGAAACUGUUCUGGCUAGUAGUGGAUCGGAUGAUCGGGUUAUCGUUUGGGAUAUUUCUAAAAUUCAAGACCCAUCGUCUUCAUCAGCUGCAUCAUCUGAUUCUGUUCCACCAGAAGUUAUUUUUAUUCACGCUGGGCAUACUGGAAAAGUUGCAGAUUUCUCUUGGAAUCCCAACCGCCCAUGGACUAUUUGCAGCAGCGACGAAUUUAAUGCAUUACAGGUGUGGGAAGUUUCAAACAGUUUAGUUUCGUCGGAAAAAUGGGAGACCGAAAUGAUUUAAUCGUCUAAAUUGCACUUUGUCGAAUUUUACUAAUUUUCUCACUUCUGAUCUUUGAAUGUAAAAAUCACAUUCCUAUCAAUGAACGUUUUU